AUGUCGUUGACCAGAAGAUUCAAGGACGCCUUGCGCUCGUCGCGCGGCGCCGCGAGUGAGCGGUGGUCCACGGCCCGCGGACGGGAGGAAGAGGAAGAGCCGAUCGCGCAGAACUCUACCGGCAGGCAAAGCCCAAACGUGAACGACUUGGCCCCUCUCCCCGUCGGCGGCGCCUCUUACAAGUGCUCUCUAGUCUCCAUCAGCCGCCAGCGACCGAGUGAAUUGAGUGCGGGCUCGAACAUCAGCCUCAUCGUCAUCCCAGGUCUUCGCGAUCAUGGCCUGGCUGGCGGCAAACAAGGGAUUCGUGAUUCCUGGCUGUGUGCCGCGUUCGACCUCGUGUUCUACUUUGACUAUCCACGGGACGUCCUUGUCAGGAACGACACUGGGCAAGUCGACCGCUGUGCCGAAGAGCUUUUGAGGCUCGCAGACGCGACUCAUGGAAGUUCGAAGGGCCUCGUCCUGCUCCUGUGUCAUGGCAUGGGAGGGAUUUUGGCGAAAAAGGCCUUCUGUUUUGGCCAAGCCACUGGAGCCAGAAGGGGGAACAGCAUAAAGGGAAUCAUCUUCUUUGGGACGCCACAUCAGUCGAGCGCCCUAUGCGAUUUUCCUACCGUUCUGUGCAACAUCUUGACCACCGUCUAUCAUGGCGAACUCAAGGCCAAUGUCCAUGCUAGCAUAAAGAAGAAGGCCGCUGAUCUUUCUGCUGCUUCGGACGAGUUCGCGCGCCGGAGCAGCGCUCUGCACAUGUCCUCCUUCUACGAAGAAUGCGUGACAGCUCCAGUCGAUUAUAUUAUCGUUGAUAAGUCGGCUGCGACCAUCAGCAGUACCGCCGAACAACCUAUCGCCCUACCCGUCGAUCAUCACGAGAUGUGUCAAACACUAGGGUCCCGCAAAGAAGUUCGUGAUCUCGUUGGGAAAGUAAUCCAGCACACAAUCUGGGAAUUGCUCGAGCUAGCGACUCGCACCUACUUGCACGACCCUACAGAUGUCAGAUUCGCGAAUACGUCAAGCAGCAUUGCACAGCAAGGCAUCAUUCACGUGCAGACGCAGAACAUUUACCUGCAUUGGCAAUGCAUCUCCGCGACACUCAAACACAUUAACGUCAGAGAGUGGUUCCGAACACUGUGCCUGGACUGUUUUCUACCGGCGUCGCCGCCUCCUAACACGAGACACGAUGCGAUAUCGUUAUUCGGACGAGAGUCACAUAUUGCCGACCAUACCCCAGGCACCCUCGGCUGGGUUGAGAGUGAUCCUACCUACAGCAAUUGGCGAACCGCCAGCUCUUCUCAUACCUUGCUUGUGAGUGGUUACGCUGGUUGUGGAAAGUCGGUGUUAUCCUUCCAUGUCACUGAAGCCUUACGGGCAACUUUGGACUCGGAAUCACUAACUUGUAGGUACUUCUUCGACGGCACUAUCCAGGAACAAUCCAAUCUAUGCAAUCUGUUCCGAAGUUUGAUCUACCAAUUCAUUACCGUGCGGCGUAAGUUGACGCGAAUAGUAAAAAAGGAGUUCAAUGCAGACCCGGCGAUUCUUUCCGACUCAAGACGACUUUGGCGGCUCUUCUCGAAACUGGCAACUCACAAGCGGACUCGUACUCUUUGGCUGGUCAUCGACGCCUUGGACGAAUGCAAUCCUGAUGAUCAGAAGAUCUUGAUUCGAGAUCUGCUUGGUCUGACUACGCUAGGCGGUAUGGCCAACGUCAAGAUUUUAGUUACCUGCCGUACACAUAGCGCAGCUGCGUCGGCUUUUCCAACUGACCUCAGCUCAGCUACGCGCUUGAAAUUAGAAGACAAGGCCGCAUGCAUCAGGUCCGACGUGGACAGGCAUAUUGAAGAGCAUGUUAUGAAUCUUGUCAAAGAUCACCGGUGCCCAGAGCCAAAAAGGGAAGCCCUGGAGACAGCUUUGAAGAACAGAUCAGAAGCGACUUUCCUCUGGAUCUCGUUGACGCUUUCUGUACUCCACGAACGACGAUUAGCAGCGAACGAUGACAUCUUUCAGAUAGUAAAUGCGUUUCCUUCAGGCCUCACACAGAUAUACGACACUAUCCUGAACGCUAUUCCCAAGCAGGAUUUCGAUGCAGCAAUUAAAGUGUUGAGAACAAUUUCGGCAAGCAACAGGCGUCUCAAUGUCGCGGAGUUGAAUGCCAUUAUCUCAAUACAAGACGAGCAUCAGUCUCUUGCGGAGCUGCGGGGAGAUGUUUCUUUGGCGGAUGAGAAUUUCGUGGAAAAGCUUCUCGCGGGUUUGGUCAACAUUCGAGACGGACAGUUCGCGCUGGUACAUCACACCUUGAAAGAGUUCAUUCUAGACCGCGACAGGAGUGAAGCAGAAUCCCACAAUAUCGUUGCGCAGGCAACCACCCGUUAUCUGCUUCUGGAGGACUUUCAAUUUGACAUUUUCCAGGAUCAAUCUCCGCAAACCCCAAUUUCACCCGAGAGAGUGCAUUUCCUGCAGAAGGCAAUCGUUGAGGAUGAAGCCCAUGGCAUAAUGGGGGAUUUGUUCAAGGAGCCCGCCGAAUUAUCCAGAGACGCCCUGCUGGCGGCGGCGAAUCGAUUCGAACUAUUUGACUACGCCGCAAGGUUCUGGCAUAUGCAUUUUGCAAAAUGCCAGAAUAACUCGUUGCAAGCAUUGCAAGAGUCAGCGCUUGAACUUUAUUCCGCGGACAAGCAAGAAAACUGGUACCAUUACCUCUGCCAUGUGGACACCACUUUCAGCGAACUUCCCUCGCAACCAGACCCUUUGACCCUGGCCUGUCUCCUUGGGCACGUCACAUCUGUUGCAGCCCUCACCUUGGAACAAGAUAGCAUCACCUGCGGCGACGGCAUCUACUGGGCAGCAAGAAACGGUCAUGCAGAUGUCUUAAAGAUCUUACUGCCAGUCACGUCUCCUUCCGUGCAAGACACACAAACCCAUGGAAAGUCACCCCUAGCAGCUGCGUCGGAGCAGGGCCAUCUUGAAUGCGUGCAGUGCCUGCUGAGAUCUAAUCUUUUCGCGGUCAAUCAGCGUGGUGAAAGGUUACGUACUGCACUAUCUCUUGCUGCAGCGCAGGGUCAUCUGCACGUAAUAUCCGAAAUUCUCGCAAGGGAUGAAACAGAUCCCAAUCUUACAGGUCGCAUGGGGAGGACGGCUCUGAUCGAGGCGGUUUAUUCAGAAUCUGUUCCAGCUGUGCGGAAGUUGUUGUCCGACAAGCGAACGCACGCUGGACACCUGGACAACAAGAACAGGUCCGCUUUAUCGUGGGCAUGCGAAUAUGGACUCGUGGAAAUUGCCAAGGUAUUGCUUCUUCAUCAUCGGACCGGGAAAAGAGACCCGAGAGAUUGGGCACAGAAGCAGCUCGAGUACGGAUCAGGCGGCUGCGAAAAGGAUAGCGAAGGCUGGACGCCGCUCAUGUAUGCCGUCACAUCGUCAAACUUAGAGCUGGUAAGACUUUUACUGCACAAAAGCAAUGUCCAGGUUUCAGAUGAAGACAACAGUGGGAGGAACGCGAUUUCGCAUGCUGCUCAACGCUCGAACACAGCCAUACUCAAGCACCUGAUAUUGAAAGACGAUACGUGUACAGACACCAAAGACGAAAAUGGCUGGUCGCCUCUCGCAUGGACACUGGAUCCGCCGGAGCGAGUUGCAAAUGCUCGGGUGCUGCUUCCGUUCCACUGCCAAGGUCUUGAGAACAGCGAAGGCCUUGCAAUGUUCAUACUCGCAACCAGAUGGGGUGCUAGUCGAAUCGCAAGCUCGUUGAUUGACGAAAGGACAUUCGCCAUCAACACCGUAUCUGCGGAAGGUCGUACCGCACUGUCGUUUGCGUCAGAGCGAGGAAAUGAUGUGCUCGUGUGGCAGCUUUUGCAUACGGAAGGCGUCGACAUCGAUCUGGCGGACGAGAGCGGAAUGACACCAUCUUCAUGGGCACGAGCCGGGGGUCAUAGCGAUAUUGUCAGGUUGCUAUCAAAGUAUGCCGCAAAGAGUCAGUAG